GGAGCACGAUGAAACUGUUUCCCAAAUCACGAACCUAAUAAGCCUCCAUUAUUUGACACUUAUAAGUAAUUAGCGUAAUGACGUACAGAGUACAACAAAGACAUCAAAUUAAACCAUGCAAACUCUUCUAAUCCUUUCUCUUUUGAUCAUAUACUUCAUUUCCAGUUGGGCCGCUGAUGGAACCCAACUUCUAGUUGUGAACAACUGCCAACAGAGCAUAUGGCCUGGAAUUCUCGGAAACGCCGGGCACGAGACACUGGAAAAAGGCGGUUUCCACCUCCCCGUCGGUCACCAGACCAUCAUUAAUCUCCCCGAAAGAUGGUCGGGGAGAUUAUGGCCCAGACACGGCUGUUCCUUCGACAGGAACGGCCAAGGCUCGUGCCAGACUGGGGACUGCUUUGGCAUGCUCCAUUGCUCUGGCACGGGUGGAACGCCACCGGCGACCCUCGUGGAGAUGACAAUGGGAACCCCAACGAAUGAAAAGCACUACUAUGACGUUAGUCUGGUCGACGGGUUCAACGUCCCCGUUUCUAUGAUCCCGGUGGGCGGAGGCAGCGGCUGCGGCGUGGCGGCGUGUGAGAUGGACCUGAACGUUUUGUGCCCGAAGAACUUGUCUGUGGUGUUGCAUGGGAAGGUGGUGGGGUGCAAGAGCGCGUGUUUGGCUACUAAGAAUCCCAAGUAUUGCUGUACAGGGGAAUUUGCAGACAAGAAUGUGUGUAAACCAUCGGUUUUCUCGAAUCUGUUUAAGAAUGUUUGUCCGCGUGCUUAUAGCUAUGCUUAUGAUGAAUCUUCUGGGCUGAAGAACUGCAAAGCGCCGCGGUAUGUGAUUACAUUCUGCCCCCAGAAUUGAAGAAAUGAAGAACAAUUAACAUAUUUGCUUUUUGGGGUUUAAUUUCCUGUUUGGAUAUUUAUGUGAUUGACGUACUUUGAUUUAUCUGAUAUGCCCUGGCCUCAAUAAUAAAAAUUCAGCUCUGGAUUUAUGUUUCUUUUGAUUUAGUUUCAAUUUAAAUUUUUGGGAUCUGGGUGGUUUUUAUCGCUAUGAAUCACAUUAAGUGUGUAAAACAAAAUGUAUUGUUUUGGUGUUGGGCAUGUUUUUAAUUGGACUACUUCCCGUCUCAAACCUCAAUUAACAGUGUUCUAGUC